CGUCGUCUCCGAUCCCUAGCAAACAAAACACCCUCUCUUUCUCUCAUGGCGAUCCGAUUCCUGAUGGCUGCCACGGCCAGCCCUCCCUUCGAACUCUCGAAGCCCUCGCUCUUCGCCGCAUCCACGGUCUUCUCUCGGUUUCUGGGAGCGCGACAGAGGUCGGCGCCAAUGAUAUGCGAAUGUGCCAAGCUGGAUCUCUCCAGCACCAAGUUCCCCUUCUUGGAGCCGCCGCCACCCGUCCGCACUCCCCAUUGUGUGGAAUCUUUAGCAGAUGGUGGUCAUGAGCGAGGGCAUAGGAAAAGGAUAGCAAAUCACCAUGGAAAUUUCUACAAUAUUUUGUUGAUCAGCGACGAUCGCCAUAAUGAAGUGCUUGUGGCGAAGGCCUUGCCAGAAAUUUUUCCAUCACUCACCACCAGCGAUGCCAAAAAACUGUUCUGGAAGUCACAGGAGAACUGCUAUGCAAUCAUCUUUGUCACGCAUUCCAAAGAGCUUGCUGAGAUCUACGUGCGGAGAAUGAUGUCAUGGGGACUGCACGCGGCUAUGGAGCCAGAACUUUUCAUACGGGCCAAGUGAGUUGAAGGUACUGCAGUCAUGCUAAAUUUUGUUCCACAAGUUGAGGUUUCUGUUCUGGAAUUUGUUUAGAACAGUCAUGCAUGAAGUUUCCACCAAUUAAAAACAAAAAC